UGUUAUCUGUUGAUAAGUCAUAAGUUUAGACGUUGUUUGUUUGUUUUCCAAAAUAUUUUACAAUUUCCUCAUCAGUUAUGUUCUAAUAUUACGUAUUUUCAUUUUUAGUAUUAUACUGAAGCAAUUCAGAAGGUGAACACUAAAUAAAAUACAAAUUAAAUGUAUCAUUUCCGCCAUCCCAACCUGAUUUUAAAAAUGUAUACAUAAUUACUGUAUAAUAUUAAAUUCUAAGGCUCAGCAGAAUCCAUACCUUGUGAAAUUUGAAACUAAACCAGUGGAUUCAAUAUACUCCAAAUAGAACAGUGAAUUUGGUACCUACGGACGAUAUUAUACUUAGAAUAAACAUUAUGGAUGUGAAACCAAAUACAAGUGAGGCAUUACUUACUGCAAAAAAAAAGCUAUAUGUAAAAAAAGAACCAGAUGUAAAAAAAACAUUUGUGAAGCGAUCUAAUCGCCGGGGGCGCCCUAAACAAAUACCUCAACAAACCCCAUUUUGCCCUCCAUUUAUGGUCAGAUGCGAUAAUGAUCGACCACAUUUCAAAUACCAAACAGUAUGGGCGUGUAGAAUUUGCACCAAAACAUUACUGAGUAAAGCUGCCGCUAUAAGCCAUGCUGCUAUAUGUAAGCUAGCCAUUACAAAAGAAGAAGAUAUUCCAAUUGCAGAUUUGAAUUAUAUGGGAAAAAACAUGUGUUAUCCAUGCAAAUAUUGUGAUAAAAAAAUGCGGAGGAAAGUGAUAUGGCUGAAGCAUUUGAACGAACAUGAGACACCAGAUUAUGAUGAAAACAAUUGGGGUGUUGAUAUACUGGAAGAAAAUUUGAAACAGUCGUGCAAAGUUGUCUCAGUACAAAUGAAACAAGAACCGGAAUUAUUACAUUCCUUCACUUUAUAAGUAACUAAAUUGCCCAUAAUUGGGUGUUUUAUGAAUUUAUUCAUAUUUUCAUUAAUUUUAUCAAACCUUUAUUGAAUACUAUAAAUCAUAAUUCAAUUUCUAAAUUUGAUUACUUACUUCAAAAGCAUUAUUAUACCCAAAUAAAAAUAUCUACACUUAAAGUAAAUUUGUCCUAUAGAGGCCCCUUUUAUUGUACAAUAGAACACAAUUUUAAAAUACAUUUAGUUCUAAUUAGUUUAUCAAAAGGAAUAUUGCAUUUAAUACAAAAAAAAAAAAAUGAAACGAUUAAAAAUUAUAAACAAAAUCUUACUCGGUAAAAGUUAAUACUUCUUAAAUUUAGAAUGGAGCAAUGAAUGUAUCUAUACAUUUUUUUUAGUAGAAAUAACAUUUUGAUUUUCAACUUCAGCAUCUUUUCUAAUAGAAAAGUGUAUCUUAUUGGUUUGAGGGAGGUACAAAAUAAAAGAAUCUGGUGAGUGGAUAUCGCUCUGCUGUACAGUAAAUUACAAGUGGGUCACUGUAAUGGAUGGUGUUAAAUUUGAAUUCAAUGAUGUAAAAUCAUUGUGUACGAAAAACGAUUUGAGCAAAGACUGUCUGUCAGCCUAUAAUAUUACUUAGUAAUUUAGUAAAUUUGAUGUACUAAAGAAAUAUAUUUUACUAUUAAAUAUUAGUACUAGUGUACUUCAGUAGGUUAAAUCCAUUUUUGCAAAAAAAAAUUUAUUUUGAAAAGUCAUUGUGUGUAUAAAAUAUAACUAAAUUAUGUUUUUCAUGCCGUUUUGAAAACUAUUUUGAAUUUUACUUUUACUUUUGACCCUCCAUAAUACCAACUAGAUUAACUUUUCUACCUGAAAAGAUGUUUUUGAAGAAAAACAGAGUACCAAAAAGGCGAUGACAAACAAAAAAUAAUAUAUAAAAAUACACACAUCAUUGUAAAAUUCAUAGUAAUUCUCAAAAAGUCAGGAAAAUCUGGCAAAACAAAAUUCUAUAUAGUAUACAUGUAUAAUUUUAAUUAAUAGACAUUUAAAGUACACAUUUGGACGAAAUUACAUAUUUAAACAAGGAAUAACAAUAUUAGUUAUUUUGUUGUAAUUCAAAAACAAUUUGCAGUGGAACUAAAAAUAAUUUCAUGAUGUAUGAUGCAUUUUACUAUAAGCCAUGACACUUUCAAAAUAUUUAGAUUAAUUUUAAGCUAAGUAUUACCUAUUUGUACCAUGAACCUAUUCAGUAAUAUGCCAUAAAAUUAUACCUCGUAACAUAGGCUAUAUAGUAUAUACCUAUUGUACUUCACUAUGCUACACACUAGCCCACUUUUUUAAAUUAAUUUAACUAUAAAAAUGUUAUUCUUAUGUAAGCAUAAAUAAUUGUUCAUAAAUUAUUAUUGUAAUUAGGUAUGAUUUAAAAAUAUAUGAUACAAUAUUGCUUAGUUAUUAAUUAUUAUUAUUUAUAAAAAAAAAAAUAUUAUCUUGAGGAUUAUUACUACUAGUUUAACAAGAUUUUAUAAUUUCAUUAUAUUCAACUUAAGUAAUAUAUUUCAAAAUGUAGACUUCUAUUUUGCAAUAUUUUACCUUGAAUUAUUUUAUUUUAAAAUUUAUAAUCUAUCUCAGUAGACAUAAUCAGUAUGUAUGAUAUAAGACAGAUAACAUGAGUAUACAAAAUGUUGACUAAAGAAACCAACCAUGUCAGUGAUGACACUUAAUUGUUGAAUUUUAAAGUUAUGAAAUUAAUUAAUUAAUUUAUACAUGUUUUUUUUAAAGGUUAAAAUUGUAAAAGAUUUUUGCACCAUUAGUGUUUUAGGGAAAUUUUAAUGCACGGUACCCGAAUAAGGUGAAUUUGUUGCAGUUGUAAUCCAAAAUAAAUUAACCAAACUCACUACUUGAUAGUAUUGUUUUUUUUAAAUAUUUUAAAAUUACAUUAUUUUAUAGAAAAUAAUAUGAUAUACCUAAGUGGGUAAUAUUAUAAAAAAAUAAUUGUGUGUAUUUUGCAAAAACAACAUUUGUUACAUUAUAUAAACACUUAACAUAAAAUACAUUGCACCCUCUAUAUGGGAAGCUUAUGCAAGAGUAGUGGUUCUUAUCAAUUACAAUUUGCUUAUAACAACAUAAUGUAUUAGUUUGUAUUAGAAAAAUAUAGUAUACUCCCACCCACGAGAGAACGACCGUAAUUCGCGCUCAUAGUUACCAACUGAUCUUUCAUAAAUACCCUACUUUUUAUAUCCAUAUAUCAUUAUUAUUUCCUUGUAAUAUUACUAUAGCAGAUUCGUGUGGGGCUUUGCCCCCUCCCCUUGACAACGAUUAGAAUGUAAAACUCAUAAUACCCACACUUCAAUAAAGUUCAUAACUCUUAAGCAUAAAUCAAAAAAAAAAAAAUUUUCACUUAUUGUAAUAACAAAAUUAGUUAUCAAUCAAAAAAUAAACACUUUAUUAAACCACAUCAAAUUUUAAUGACAGUUCUGAAUGUUACAUUAUUAAGAUCUUUCAUUACGAAGUAUAAAUCAUGUAAAACUUAACAUAAAAUUGAAACUUUACAAUCUUCUCUUAUUACAGAUUUAAUGAUACCUAUUAUUAUAUAUAAGCAAAUAUAAAAAUAUUCAAAAAACAAUAUACGUAGCCUAUAAUACAACAAUGUACGAAUUACAUUUUUAAUUUACCUAUUUCUCGGUCAAACAAAUCCAUAAAGUUAUUACCAAAUUCAUUUGAAAACAAUUAGUCUUUUAUCACUCGUUCCGUGGUUAAAUAGUUAUAAGUUUUAUAAACAUUUCUUGCAAAAUCUUUAACAAAACGUGGUAAUUUGAAGCAAGCAUACGAAGCUCAUAGAUGAAAAUACUGGCAUAUACAUUAAUAUAUAAUAAUGAAAUAAAUCCGGCACAUCCUUCAAUAAAUUAGUAGCUAAUGAAUGAUGUUUGCCUAUCAUAUUAGGCUCCAGCAAAGCUUAUCAUAUUCUUUUUGUAUACAUUUUAUUUUUUAUAAAAAAAUGUCUAGUUAAUUCAUAUAAAGCGUCAGCUGUAGCUAUUUUUACUUCUACGAGGGUAACAAAUUCAUCCCGGACCAACAAAUUAUUGUCUUCUAUUCUAGCGAUUACUGCCAUGUGCUUUAUUGUAAAUGUAUCCGUGCUUUCGUCUAUUACAAUGGCAAAGAACUUGUUUUUCUGCAUUAAAUCAAUAACACUGCUCUUACCUACUGCUCCAAUGACAUGUAUUUUCGGUAUUUGCUUUGCCGCUUUUUAAUUUAAAAGCUACUUUUCAAUCGGGACUUAUUUUUUGGACUAAUGUGGGUGGGUGUUCCUUACUGUAUAAAGCAAAUUAUGUUCGGCAAUAAAUGGUGCCAAAUGCGCAUAUUUCUAUGUUUAACCUUAAAGUAGUAUUAUUAUACUGCAUUAUAGCAAAUAUGAAAUUGUAAGAAAAUAUUAACAGUAUUUUUAAGUUUUGGGUGAACCAAGGUUGUUGAUAAGUUCAGUUGACUUUUACAUUCUUCAAUAAGUCUUAAGUGUUUUUUUCCAUUGGCGUAUUUUUUCAAUUUCAGAUUUAUAUUCAGUUCCGUCAAAUGUAUAUGAACUAACCUAUUUAUAAAAUUAUUCAUACCUUUUUUACUUUUUGUUAACCAUCUACAAAACAAAGUAGAACUACAAAGAAUUUUAGUGAUUUUUAAUUUUCCUUGGCAAUUUAUGCCAAACAUGUCGCAAUUGGUUGCUCUCCUAAGAUAGCUGUUAAAGAAAAAUGUGUGCUGGGCAUGAACUAACAGUCAUAGAGAAGUUAUAAAUCAUUCCAAACAUAUAAUUACUUACUCCCUGUUCUUUUAUAUUUUGAUCCAAAAAAAGAAAAUAAGUAUUCAAUGUGAUAGCUUUAGUAGUGGACUGGGUUGUUUUUUAAUACAAGAAGGAAAGUCAGUGGCAUUUUCCUUCAGAAGUUUAACAGAUUCAGAAAAACCGUUACGAAGAGACUUUUAAGAAGUAGGUUUCCAGUAACUGAGAAUAGUUUAAAACCUAAAAUUCAAGUUAAUGAUCAAGACAGGACUUUCACUAUUCUGCCAACUAUAGAGAAUACAAUGAUAAAAGAAGAAAAAGUGUGAUUACUUUGUAAAUUUUUGAGUAAAUUAGAAAAUAAUCCAAGGUUAUAUUAUGUAGUCGAACUGCAAAACGGACAAAUAACCAGGCAUACAACUUAAGUAAUAUAUUUCGAAAUGUAGACUUACAUUUUACAAUAUUUUAACUCGAAUCUUUUUUAUUAUUUUAUUUUAAGUUGAAAUAUACCAUCUAUAUCAAUAGACAUAAUCAGUAUAUAUGAUAUAAGACAGAUACCAUGAGUAUACAAAAUGUUGACUAAAAAAACGAACCAUGCCGGUGAUGACACUUAAUUGUUGAUUUUAAAGUUAUAAAAUGAAUUUAUUUAUUUAGAAAUGUUUUUUUAAAAGUUAAAAUUGUAAAAUAGUCCAUUCGAAAACACUGGUCCCUGGU